AUGCAAAUUUUCGUCAAAACACUCACAGGCAAAACAAUUACACUCGAAGUCGAACCUUCGGAUACAAUUGAAAAUGUAAAAGCGAAAAUUCAAGAUAAGGAAGGAAUUCCACCAGAUCAACAACGAUUGAUCUUUGCUGGCAAACAAUUGGAGGAUGGUCGAACAUUAUCCGACUACAACAUACAAAAGGAAUCAACACUCCAUUUAGUACUUCGUCUUCGUGGUGGUAUGCAAAUCUUCGUCAAGACUCUUACUGGCAAAACAAUCACCCUCGAAGUUGAGCCAAGUGAUACAAUUGAAAAUGUAAAAGCAAAAAUUCAAGACAAGGAAGGUAUUCCACCUGAUCAACAACGAUUGAUCUUUGCUGGUAAACAACUCGAAGAUGGCCGAACAUUAUCCGACUACAAUAUUCAAAAUGAAUCAACUCUUCAUUUGGUACUUCGUCUUCGUGGUGGCAUGCAAAUCUUCGUCAAGACUCUUACUGGAAAAACAAUUACACUUGAAGUCGAACCUUCGGAUACAAUUGAAAAUGUCAAGGCUAAAAUCCAAGACAAGGAAGGUAUUCCACCAGAUCAACAACGUUUGAUCUUCGCUGGCAAACAAUUGGAAGAUGGUCGUACUCUUUCGGACUACAACAUCCAAAAGGAAUCGACUCUUCAUCUUGUUCUUCGUCUUCGUGGUGGUAUGCAAAUCUUCGUCAAGACUCUUACUGGCAAGACAAUUACUCUCGAAGUUGAACCAAGUGAUACAAUUGAAAACGUCAAGGCUAAAAUCCAAGACAAAGAAGGAAUUCCACCCGAUCAACAACGUUUAAUUUUUGCUGGUAAACAACUCGAAGAUGGUCGCACCUUAUCGGAUUACAACAUUCAAAAGGAAUCAACUCUUCACUUGGUUCUUCGUCUUCGUGGUGGUCAAUAA